AGCAACCUCGUGGAAGAAAAUAAUCAAUCUACUUCUGGCGCUAACCCUCUACAAUCUGAGCAAGACCCAGCAAUGUCUAUCUCGCCUGAUGAACAGCUUCAUGAGUUCUCAUUUAUAAGCCAAGAGGAAUAUAAUGAAGUCAAUGAACACAUUAUAGAAGUUGAAAGAACACCACGACCAGACUCGACAGUUAUCCAAGGGAACAAAAUUGUUGAUUUGGAGUAUGCAACAGAGAUUUGUAUGGAGCUUCAAUUCAAACAUAGUCAAAGAUGUACCCUUGGACUAUUGAAAGUGCACAGAGAAAUUUGCAAUGGACUUGUCAGCACCAUUGUUUUUUGUUGUAAUAUGUGCAACUUUCAAACAAAAUGUCGUACACAGAAAGGUACUGAAGAAAUCGGGCUUCAAUUAAAUUAUGCCUGUGUUUGGGCCACAUUUAGUGGAGGCACUACAUUUAAAACAAUGACCGAAUUUCUAAGUAUCAUGAACAUACCAUCAUUGUCAUAUCGAAUGUACCACAAAUUGGAACUGAAACUUGCCAACGAUUGGAAAAAACCCCUUUGGGGCAGCAUGGAAGAGGCUGGCAUUGCUGGCAAGGAAGAAUAUGACAAUGCUGUGGCCACCAAUGCCCUAGAUGUGGACGGAGUUCCGUGGAUCACUGUGUAUCUAGAUGGCGGAUGGAGCCACAGAUCGUAUGGUCAUAAUUAUAAUGCAGCUUCGGGGGUCGCUGUAAUAAUUGGAAAGCACACUGGCAAAAUAUUAUUUCUUGGUGUCAGAAAUAAAUACUGCUGUGUUUGCGCAAAGGCAGAGAAAAAAGGUGAGGAACCCCAUGAGCACCUUUGCUUCAAAAAUUGGAAUGGGUCAUCCGGGGCUAUGGAGGCAGACAUUAUUAGUGAAGGAUUUCGCGAGAGCAUCAAGAUGCAUGGUUUAAAAUAUUGGCAUUUCAUUGCUGAUGGGGACAGCAGUGUACAUGCAAAAAUUCAGCAAACCGUUCCUUAUGGAAAUGAAGUGAGGAAAAUAGCUUGCAAAAACCAUAUUAUCAAAAACUAUGGAACUGCGCUAUACAAAUUAAAAAACGAUACCACCAUUGCUGCUGCUGGUCGAAAAUAUUUGACGGUGAAUGCCAUAAAGGAUCUUGAAAAUAUAGGUACAAAAGCUAUAUAUAUCAACGCACAUGGAGAUGUCGACAAUUUAAAAACUGAUUUGGAAAAUGGGCCUUAUCAUGUUUUUGGAAAUCACCUCACAUGUAAUCCUUUAUAUUGUCAAUGUAUUGGGGAUUUCAGCAAUAAAGUGGCAGAAAUGGAGAUUGCUGGCAUUUUCAAUCGGAUAACAACCGUGCUUCAGCGAAUUGUGGUAAGCCAGGGCCACAAAUUGAUUGAUAAUGAAACAAACAAUCGAGCUGAGAUGUUUAUGUCCUUGCUUUGCAAAUUUAACGCAGGCAAACGGUUGAAUACCAUCCAAAAAGGCUCCUUGCAAACAAGAGCCUAUUUGUCUGGACUUCGGUACAAUAAAGGUGCAGAUUGGCAAAGCUCAACUUGGCUGGACUCGAGGCCAACGGUGCCAGGUACUGCCUUUCAAUCGUUUGUGAGAAAAUGCAAAAAGCGACGUGAAUAUGACAGUUGCACGUAGAGCGCAGAUUCCAGGAAAUCCUAAAAAAAAAAACUCCUAAUAAGAAAGUUUCGAAAGAAGCAGCAGGAUAUGGGCCAAAUG